ACAGCGAGAACUUCACAGAGUGGACAGGACUCAUCUUGUGAUAGAAGAGAGAAGAAAAAUAUUUCUGAUUUCAAACCACAAAGAAUCAACUAACGUCGCUACCAUGUCUGUUCCAAUUAAGAGCCAAGCUCCAUCAGGCCCAGCACCCCACAAACAUUUCGGGGUGACUGACAUUAUCAGCCUGGACAUGCCAGGAAUCUGUGACAUGAUCGAGUCCAGUGAGCUGUUCAAGUGCCUGAUAGUGAAUGGAGCGCAUGAGAACAACUCAGAACUGCUUCACAGAGAGAACGUUGUCAAAAACGUGGAGUCACUCUACAAGGAGUGGCUCACAGAAAUGUGCGAAGCAAUGAAUGUACCUGAAAUUGUGACGGCCAAAGUUGGUGGAAAGGUCUUUCCCUUUGGCUCAUAUCAUCUGGGAGUCCACUCAAAAGGUGCUGAUAUUGAUGCCCUUUGUGUUGGCCCCGGAUUCAUUCAGCGCGACGACUUCUUUACCUCCUUCUUCGAGAAACUGAAGUCUCAGAAGGAGGUCAAAGACAUACGUGCAAUUCAAGACGCGUUUGUCCCAGUCAUCAAAAUGACCUUUGAUGGGAUUGAGAUGGACUUAGUGUUCGCCCAGGUGCAACGGCGGAGCAUCACUGAUCACGUAAACCUGCUGGAUGACAGCUGGUUUAACGGUAUUGAUCGGCGCUGUGCCAGAAGUCUAAAUGGCUAUAGGGUUUCAGAGACGAUCCUCCAUCAAGUUCCCAACGUGGAGAACUUUCAGAUGGUUUUGAGAGCCAUCAAGCUGUGGGCCAAAAGACGGAAGAUUUAUUCAAAUUCACUGGGGUUCUUGGGCGGGGUAUCGUGGACCAUAAUGGUGGCCAGGAUCUGCCAGCUGUACCCAAAUGCUGCACCGUCCACCCUGGUGAAGAAGUUCUUCUGGGUCUACGCCAGAUGGGAAUGGCCAUCCCCCAUUCUUCUGAAGAAAGUUCAGGACUGCGGAUAUAAACUUCCAUUUUGGGAUCCCAUGGUCAACCGAAGUGAUCGCUUGGACUUGAUGCCCAUCAUCACCCCUGCUUACCCCCAGCAAAACACCAGCUUCAACGUGUGUCCGUCUACAUUGACCAUCAUGAAGGAGGAGAUUGUACGGGGCCUUGUUAUCACGGAAAAAAUUCAUGACAAGAAAGCUCCCUGGUCCAAACUUUUUGAACCAGUGGACUUUGCUGGGAUGUACAAGCAUUUCGUUCUGCUGCAGGCUUCUUCAGCUACAGAGAAGCAGCAUCUUGAAUGGGUUGGCCUGGUGGAGUCCAAACUACGGCACCUGGUGGGGACACUCGAGAAGAACAUCACCAUUUCCCUGGCCCAUGUGAACUCACAGUCCACCACUGGGCCCACAAAUGAAAAUGACAAAGGACUGAGCACCACGUGGCAGAUUGGCAUCCUCAUCAACAAGGAAACGUCUAAAAACGGCAUAGACCUGACCUCUGACCUCCUGUCCUUUAGUGAUAUGAUCUACAGCCUGGCAGAGCACUCUCAUAUCUAUGAGGAGGGAAUGACCCUAUCUGCCUCGUAUCAAAGGAAAGAAAGAAAAGACAAGAAAAGGGCUUUACCUACACCAAAGCCCACAUUGAGCAAUGUUCUGCAGCCUCACAUACCACCGGAACCGAUGGCUGUAACAAACAAAUUGCCUGCAGUGUCUGCAGUCACCACAACUCAGGAGAGUAAAGACUCCUGCUCCAAGUCCAACUCUAAGAGUCUGUUUCUUGUGAACUCACAGAGCAUUAAGAGAGCUGGUGACAAUGAGCUCGAAUCAUCGGGCAAAAGAUUCAGACCUGACCUGAAUCCGCCCACUGUGGAGCUUUCUGAGUUGCCUCCCAACCCCACCAGGCCUGCCACAGUGAAGAAACAGGCCAUCAAGCUCCAGCUCUUUAGACGGAACUGACGGAGGCACAGACUGGUCGGCGAGCUUCACAAUCACAUCGUUGAGCUCAAGAGAAUAAACUCCAGCCGGCCAUUUCCCCUGCCCCUUGUAUAUAUUGUAUAUAUUAUUGUAUAGGUUUGAUGUAUGUUUGUUUUGUUAAUCAAAUAC